GUUCAGUACAGGUAGCUACUAAGUAACAAGUCAAUAAAGCUCGUUAUAACCUAGAAAUGUAUACACGAGUAUAUGAUAAUUUUGCCUGCCCACUUGUCCGCUAUACUGUGCUCCCUGUAUGUUUUAUCAAAGCAUUGUACAGAUCGCCCUUCCACAAAUGUUUGAACGGUUAGAUAUGUUACCAGCAGUACAAAUGAUCCCAGCACCAUAUACGUUGACUAAAUAGCUUAAAAACAUCUCAUUUAGUGAUAUUUUCCACAACUAGUGCAUAUUGCACACAGUAAAUAACAAUACUAACAGUGUCACCAUCACGGACUUUGUGUACGUCACGCGUCUGCCUACGAGUGGGUAUGUGUGCGUGAGUGUGCUUAAAAUGCCAAUGCAUCGAUUGGGAUUAAAUCGAACUUUAAGCGGUUUGUUUCUCAUUAGCAAUCCCUGCAAGUGAUAAGAACAUGUAUGUACAUCAGUUUAUAUUGCUCACAUUGUGGACGUUGUGGCUAUCACUGCAGUGUUUACUAGUUCGGCCAAAAUUGUCGCAACUGUAUUCGUAUUAUCAUCAAUUUGAUAUGAAAUUCACUUCAUAGUAAAGCGAAACUGAAAUUAGUGCCCAGUGAUAUCCAGUUUAUGUAUGCAUGUACGUCCGUCUGUUUUGUAACCAUGAGCCAACAUAAAGCAUUACUGCUGUGUUGACCCUUUGCUGUCUGCAAUUAUCAUCAACGAGUGUCGCGCUUUCCGUAUCAAAUAAAACUAUCUUGCGUAAUCGCCGACACUUGUUUGCACUCGAGAAUAAAAACUGAAAUACCAUCCAACAACCCCCCGUCUGUCCUGUAUAUGUAUAUAUAUAUAUAUAUACAUAUAUAGCAAAAGACGAAUUACGGAACCGGGUGUUGCCAUAUUUGUGCGAAGGGCUACAUAUGAAAUGUUGCGGUCAUCCGCCAGCCCGAAGGACUGCAGGGACACCGAAUACGCGUAGCCGCGUGCUAGCCAUAUCAGGUCGUAUCGUCGAUGAUCUCAUCCAGUUCGGUAAGUUGGAACACAGGCUCGUAAUGUGUCCACUGAUCGCAAUCUCCCGUUAUAUUGCAUACGCAUUCAUUUGAUGGCAGCAUGCGGGACAGUACUGUGAUACUUAAAAAGUAUGGUACGGCUGUUUGCGAAGAGAGGUUUGACCAUGAGCGGAGAAAAAUAUGCUUAGCACGCUAAAGCGACCAGCGCGCAUGGCCUGCACUUGAAGGAAAUUUUCAAGUUAGAUUAUUAUAUCAAGUAGACGCUGCCGAACCGACAAGAAAUUAGCUCACACAACUGCUGUUACUGAUCCUGUGUUGUCCGGCAACGGUAAGAAUCAGAAGAUAAGGAGCUAGAUCAGGAAUUAGUCAAGUUAAUUUGUCUGACUUUAGUUAUUAGAAUACAAGGGCAAUAAAAACGUGUCUCUUUCAUAUUACACAGUGAGACUUAGUACUCAUGGUAGUAGCAGCAGUUGAAAUUCAAGUCAAUUUAUCUUAUAAAAUUUUAACGACGAAAAACGAUUGCUGCUGGCUUUUUCUUAUAAGAAACAGUUUUAGUAUGCCGUAAUGUAUAAUAUGACAAAUAUGUCGAUGUCUUUAUUUAUUUAACAAGCAAGUUGAUACAAUGCGAGGAGUCUGCUGCGGUUUUGCAACAUUGAAUCCAAUGGAUUCUAAUAAAAUUUUUUCAUUGAAACAAUGGCUUUGGAUAGUGCUAACGCACGUCAUAAAAAGUAUGAACAAUGCUUUAUAACGAUCAUAACGUCGGAAAUAGAUAUUAUCACAUUUUUGCAAUCCGCCAAUGACUGUCAGUAAAGUAAAUUUGCCACGGUUUCGGUAUUGCCUAUUAUCGGAAAUAGUUUUAAUAUUGUAAAACUACAAACUCUUACACGCUAUCAGUUACACACAAAGUGUGUCUACGCAGGCAUUUUGAUCCUCGUUGAGAUGGAAUCCCUCACCCCGCUACUCUUUAUGGUUACAGAUGAUAUACAUUGUCAAAUAGAGAUCAUCUCUGGUGAGCAUACUCAGACUUCGUUGUUUUAUUGACGUAUAUUUAAGAUUACGUUACAUUCCAAAUCUUUGCGAACUUUGUGCAGGAUCGUUGCCUAUGCAUAAUGCUAUGCAUCCCGGCUAUUGAUCAGUAGAGUUUUUAGUUUGCUUAUCUUAAAAUGACGUGCCAUUUGAGCAGAAACGUUAGAAAUGUAAUACAGAAUUAAAUCAUUUGACAAAUACAGCAUGAAUAUUCUUGCAGCUCCACCCACGAGUACUCAAAGUGUUUACUGAUUUUACCUAGGAACAUUGCGUGUGUAAUAUAUAUACGUAUCUAUGGUGUCAGAGAAAUAAAUUUCUGUUUACAGACAAGGUUAACUAAGAAUUUUUUGGGUUGCCGCCAGUAUGACAAAAUCGUCAAAGUUGUUUUUAAACACUACAGCUGGGUUUAUAUUACGACAUAGGCAAAACUUGCAAAAUUAAUUUUUCGUAAGAAAGACUGUUGCUAAUAUAAUUUCGCUGCCCGAGUUCAGCAGCACUCUGGAGACAAACUUAUUGCUGCUCCUUAAAGUGAGCUAAUAAAAGCAACAUAGAAGAGCCUGUGCUGGAAGCCGUUUGCAGAGUAGCCCUGGAUAACGCAUUACCGAGCUUUUCUCGUAUCAAUAGAUUUCAAAUAAGCAAAUGUUUAUAUUGUAUGGUCUUGGCUAAUGGGCCAGGGCCCUUAAAGUGGAGAUAAUUGCUACUGUUCGUUACAUAAUUUUAUCGAAUAAUAAUUUUGGCCAAUAUAGGUGUUGUGUCAAAAUGUUGUAAGUCUAUACCCUCUACACAAUGCAACUUUUACACCAAUUCAAAGCGGCUCUACUAAUCAUUACUGAUUGUGUUUAAAACAACUAAUGUUGCCCCUUUUAACCACCAAGGGAAAGGCUUCACAUGCAUAAUUCUUUAGCACGCAUACGCCGUGCCUAUGGCAUAAAGCUCAAAGAAGCAUGAAAAACUCGGCGUUUAAAGCGUUCGCAUAUAGAAAUCGCGAACUGCGUAAGUAUCACAUACAACCUUAAGUAUUCGCUUUUUUUUUAGAACUUCAGGUGCCGAAGCCUUAGAGAUGACGGAUGGUUUUAAGACCAUGGGUUGUAUGGAAUGCUUUAUGGUCCUUUAAAGGACAAUGCGUUGCGGUUUGUUAGGUUAACAUGAAAACUUAUUUAUGUUUAUACGUUGUCUCAUUACCUAUGUCAAAUCAAACAACUAAAUUGUGUGCACUUAUUGUAAAUAAAACUUGUUAUAACACAACCCUUCUUGGAUAGCAUUUUGUCCUAGGAUAACAUCCCUAAUUCCUGCCCGGCCUAGAAGAAUAGCCCGCGCUCAUCAGCGUUUGAAAAUAGAAAUGCGUGCAUUCGUACACUGAUCAGCUGUUGGCUCUCCAGCCAAACAUGUUCUGGGUAUCACUCGUUUACGUCUACAGAGUUUCUUGCUUAAGCUUCGUUUGUACAGAAGGCUUAGAAAGUAAUUUAGUUUUUUUUUCUACGUGACAACAUCAAUCAGAAACCUUUCUACCACAUAGUGCUCUGGAAACAAUGAAAAAGACAGUAACUCCUCGAUGACCUUAGUAUCCAGUGGAAUCUCAUAAUCUAGAACAUGUGCGUUAGUUGACGUGGUACGUGGGUUUCACCGCUAAACUCCACCGAGUGCCUACUGUCAUCACCACCAUGUCACAAGGCAUUACCCUGUUCGUUCUUUUGUUAGUGGGAAGCCCGUGUUACAUGCAAGAUUUGCAGGUCGACAGUGCUGUCUUCGACGGAAACGUCUCCACGGUUACGCUAUCACCGCAAGAGAGCUUAGGUCUUCUAUCACCACAAGUAAUUGACGCAGUCAAUUCAUCGGAUCCGGUAAUUAAUGACAGUGCGUUGGACACGGCGAUUCUACCGAUUAGUGAAAACGGCACCGAUGCAGCCAGCAAAUUGACUUCUGCCAGUUCAGCGGCUGCCACGGCCGAUAGUCGCCGUGUUUCCUGUGCAGUACCGGAGAUUGCCCACGACCGUUUGGUGAUACUCAACGCAAGUGAAAUUGCCGAAACGCUGUCAGCGGCGCGCAACGAAUGCAGUUUACUUAUUUUUUACUCUCCUCAUUGCAUGUUCAGCGCUCGCAGUGCUCCGUACCUCAACGGUAUCGCGCGCUAUUACCCCAACAUAUCUGUGCUUGCGCUGCAGAUCAAUGAAUCGUCCACGGUCAACAUGAAAUACGGCAUAGUGGCCAUACCUACCGUUCUGUUGCUGCAUAAUUCCCGAGCAAUAGCUAAAUUGAACCAUACGAACGCGACUUCACUAGACGUGCUGGCUGCAUUUAUUGAGAAACAUACAGGGAUACCGCAGGUCCAGAAUAUGACGCUGUUACCAGUCGAUCGGAUUGGCCCGCUUCCGUGUGAAGUAGUCGAAAGACCUAAUUAUCUUUUACUUGUAGCUUGGAUUUUCACUAUAUUUGCAUUCAUCUACCUGUUGUUGCGAUCGUCUUACGCAGCUAAAGCAUACAACUGGUUCGUAGCAACUUGGCGAGAAGCACGAGAAGCCGAACAGGCCCAAAGGCCGCAUCAGGACUAAGUUCGACAAGGAACACGGAGUGAAAUGUGGAACGAUAAUAUGGCUUAAUGUUAAACGGAGGGUUGUAUAGGCUGAAAUUGAUACCAUGUCAUUUACGUCAUUUGUUAGUAAGAGCCACUUCAAGGCUCACCUGCUUCUAUAAACGCAGUAUGGCUUCUGUUGUUAUUUAGUGCUUUUUGGAACAGGCAAAAAAAACAAAUGUAGAUAAUCUACACAUGUAACUUAGAAGGUGCGUGAUGCUGGGUAUCCGCGCUGUGAGUAUGUAUACCGCAGAGGUAUUUGAUGGAAAUACAAGAAAAAAGAACACGGAACCUCUUCUGCGUAAACAGAAGACGGGUGCCCAAUUCCUGUACAUAAGUUGUG